CGGCCCCCCGGACCAUGAGGCGGAUGGCUCGCCGGCUGGUGCUGUCACUGAUCGGGCUAGUGUGGGUGGCCAUCCUCAUCUUCUUGCUGGGCGGCAGGAGGAAGUUGGAAGCCGAAGAAUCCGAAGGGGACGGUGCCAAGGAUGCGGAUGUGGAUUGGGAUGAUCUGUGGGACCAGUUUGAUGAACGCCGAUACCUGAACGCCCAGAGAUGGAAGCCUGGGGAGGACCCCUACAGGCUGUAUGCGUUCAACCAGCGGGAGAGUGAGAGGAUACCAAGUGAUCGCGCCAUUAAAGACACCAGACAUUACAGAUGUACAGAAUUGCACUACUCAUCGGAUCUUCCACCCACAAGCGUCAUUAUAACUUUUCACAACGAGGCGAGAUCGACGCUGCUGAGAACCAUCAGGAGUGUGUUAAACAGAACACCUAUGCACCUUAUCCAUGAAAUAAUUCUUGUGGAUGACUUCAGCGAUAACUCCGAUGACUGCCAACUCCUGUGCAAGUUACCCAAAGUGAAGUGCUUACGCAACGACCGGAGGGAAGGUUUGAUCCGGUCCCGAGUCCGAGGGGCAGACAUUGCAAAGGCCGGAGUUCUUACCUUUCUGGACAGCCACUGUGAAGUCAACAAGGACUGGCUCCCUCCUCUCCUACAACGAAUUAAAGAGAACCCAACUCGUGUGGUGAGUCCCGUUAUUGACAUUAUAAACCUGGACACCUUUGCCUACAUUGCAGCAUCUUCUGACCUGAGAGGAGGGUUUGACUGGAGUUUGCACUUUAAAUGGGAACAACUCUCCAUGGAGCAAAAAUCUAAAAGAUCGGACCCUACAGAGCCAAUAAAGACUCCUGUCAUAGCUGGAGGACUAUUCCUAAUCGACAAAUCCUGGUUUAACCACUUGGGGAAAUAUGACACGGCCAUGGAUAUAUGGGGAGGAGAGAAUUUUGAGAUCUCAUUUCGUGUGUGGAUGUGCGGGGGAAGCCUGGAGAUCAUCCCGUGUAGUCGGGUGGGUCACGUGUUUCGAAAGAAGCAUCCCUACGUGUUCCCCGAGGGCAACGCCAACACGUACAUCAAGAACACCAAACGCACGGCAGAGGUAUGGAUGGAUGAAUUCAAAAACCAUUACUAUGCAGCACGCCCGGCCGCCCAAGGGAGACCUUAUGGAGACAUUCAGAAGAGACUGUCGCUGCGGAGAAGCUUAAAAUGCCGACCAUUCAAGUGGUAUUUGGAGAAUGUUUACCCGGAACUCCAAAUUCCAACAGCACCCUUAUCAAAAUCAGGAUUAAUCAGGCAGAGGCAGCGAUGCAUUGAUUCCCAAAAGACUGGAGGAGAGGAUGCCCCUACUUUAAACCUGGUACCUUGUAGCAGCCUUAAAGGGGUGCCCGAAAAAUCUCAGGAAUGGAUUUACACUCAGGUUCAGCAGAUAAGCCAGCAGGGUCUGUGUCUGUCCGUGCACACCUUGUUUCCAGGGACACAGGUGGUCCUCUUGCCCUGCAAAGAAGGAGAUGGGAAGCAGCGAUGGAGUAAAGUGGGCUCUCACAUCGAACAUAUGGCCUCCCACUUCUGCCUGGAUACGGAAAUCAUCGGCGACGCGGAUGAGAACAACCGCGAGAUCGUAAUCAACCCUUGCGAGACCACUGCCAUCAGUCAACGCUGGGAGAUGGUCCUUCAAGGCUUCCACUGAGGGCGAUGAAACCAUCGCAGUAGAAAAUUGAAAAGCCUUACGGCGAGCUCCAUAACGUUGUGCUGCUUAGAGCCAAGGAGGCUCUGGGUGUGCGCGCCGUAACACAAUACCGAAAAACGACGAUAUUAAGACGGAGAAAAGAGACUGCAAGAAAUCCAAAAGGGAAAGGAAAGAUCUUACUGGCAAAUUUAGUUUCUGAGGGAAACACAACAUCUGUAAGAAAAUUUCGAUAAUGGAUGUGGUAUGCCUGAGGAAAAACAGCAGACACGUUUCCAGAAACAAAAGCACAAAAAUAAAUCGUUCUGCAGGAAACGUAUAUUUCUGAUUGCGGUGGAUAGGGUUGGGGUGAAACAUUCACAGCUUUUUAUAUCUUUUGGAGAUUCUGUCAUAGAGAUCCCAGCUCCGCCCACUCCCCACAUCCAUUAUGAUCGGGAUAUUACUCUCUGA